ACACACACACACACCAACACACGCACACACACAAUGAACGAAACGUCUUCCAGCGCGUGAGUCAACAUGAAGUAGCCUCUCCGCCGCGUAGAAAACUGGAACAGCAUUGGACCUCAGCUUGUUGGAAGAAAAGAAGGAGGUGUCUCGUCUGCCCGCCUCUCCGUGCGUGCGUGCGUGUGUGUGUGUGCGUGCGUGCGUGUGUGUCUCAAUCAACGAGGCUACUGCCACCAGAGCCAAGAGUUGCCGUUCCGCGCACCAACGCCAAGACGCGCAGGAGGAGUCAGUGCCAAAGGGUCAUUUUAGCGCACCGCCGCUGAGCUGGAAGGACUGCAGGGAGCCCGCAGAGCCCGCAGCUGCUGCGUGACCCGACAUACUUUAAUUCCAUCUUUAAGAUUCAGAGAAAGAAGAGACAAUAAAGCAAAACAAAACAAACCAAGAGGAGAAAUUAAAGCAAAAGGUUUCGUCCGUCCCCCGGCGGAGCGCUCUUCUGUCUGCAGAGGUGGGCACUCCAGGAUUCUUCCUCUUCUCAUUGUUCUCGCUUCCUAAAAAAAAUAAAUAACAACAAAAAAAAAGAAAAAAAAAAGCUAAACAAACAAAAUCAAACAAACAAAAAAAAAAACCCACUUUGGCUUCCUCUGCUCCAGGUGUUGCCUCCUCUGAAGCUGGACUCAGGAGUCCUCCAUCCUCGCUGCGCCUCGGUCACCUCCUAAACGCGCGUCCAAGUUCCAGCUGUUGACAGGAGCCAAGCGAUCCGAGGAGCAGAAGCAGCAGCAGGAGGAGGAGGAGGAGGAGGAGGAGGAGAACCGGUCACCUGCGACCCAGAGAGGACCGACACCACGGUCCGAGCCGACACCGCGCGCCGUUCACCGGGCGAUGCCAGAGUAAAUGCCGGGGCGAUGUCCCGCCGCAAGCAGGUGAACCCGCAGCACUUCUCGGUGACGCACAGGGAGACGGCUCAAGCAGAUGCCAAUCAUGACUCAGGGGCGAGAUCUCCAUCUCCAGAGCCGUCCAGCCCCGGCCCCCGGAGGGCGGGACCCGGAGAGCAGGACCUGCUGACCUGCGGCCAGUGUCAGACCAACUUCCCGCUCGGUGACAUCCUGGUUUUCAUUGAGCACAAGCGCCGCCUGUGCCGGGGGCCAGGUGGCAGACGUGGGUCCUUCUCCAAGCCCGGGGAGAGCGGCGGGGUCAUGGGGGUUCCCAUAACUCCGAGGGCCAGGUCGCUGGAGAUGGGUAGAGGGUCCAUUCCAGUGGAGGUGGGCAUCCAGGUGACCCCUGGGGGAGAAGACACUGAGCAGAGGAGGCUGACACCAGCCAAGGGGAUCUGCCCCAAACAGGAGAAAGGAGAUAAAGAUGAGCCGUCCAGCUACAUAUGUACAACCUGCAAGCAAACCUUCACCAGCGCUUGGUUCCUGCUUCAACAUGCCCAGAACAUUCAUGGCAUCCGCAUCUACCUUGACAACCACCUAGCCAACUGCUCCCUCACUCCCCGCAUGGCACUGCCUCCUCCCCCGGGAGUUGAUGCACUGCCCCGCUCCCCUCUUCCCACUUUCCUCGGUGACACCAACAACCCAUUUCACCUCCUCCGAAUGGCUGCACCCUUGCUCAGGGAACACCCCCAUCCUCCAGGGUACAUGGAGACCCGGCUGCCUGCGACACCACCCUUUGUCAGUCCCCCACCUCCUCCUAGACCACCUCUAGAGCGUCUGGGCCCAGAGGAAAUGGGGCUGCUGUCACAGCACCCCAGUGCUUUUGAGAGGGUAAUGAGGAUGACCCCCAUGGAGCCUCCUUCCAUGGACUUCUCCCGUCGACUGAGAGAACUAGCAGGCAACCCAACAAAUAACGGUGGCCCCACACCUCCUCUCUCUCCCAACCGUGUGCCACCCAUGCACCGUCUGUUGAGUCCAACACUUUUCCAGCCUGGGGCCAAGCCCCCAACAUUUCUCACCUAUACCCCGCAGCCACCAAUAUCUCAGGGGGGACAUGGCUCUACCAGCCCUCCAGACACUCAGGGCCAGAAUCAGGCCCUAGGUAAAGCCAAAUCCUGUGAGUUCUGUGGCAAGGUUUUCAAGUUCCAGAGCAACCUGAUUGUCCACAGACGCAGUCAUACUGGAGAGAGGCCAUACAAAUGCCACCUGUGUGAUCAUGCCUGCUCCCAGGCCAGCAAACUCAAAAGGCACAUGAAAACACAUAUGCACAACAAGUCUGGGAACAUGACCGACUCUCCAGAACAGGGAAGUAGAGGAGAGGGAGGAGAAGGUGAGGACAAAAGUAGGGAAGGAAAUGCACGGGCAAUGGAGUUGGAGAAUGAAGAUGAGGAGGAGGAGGAGGAAGAGGAAGAAGAGGAAGAAGAAGAGGAGGAGGAAUUGUUAAGAAAUGGACCAGAUUCCAACUUAAGUGAGGACUCCCAGGAAUUCAACCAGAAUAGAGAAAAUGGCCCAAGACAGUCCCCUGAAGAGAAACCACUGACUGGGGACAGAGUAGACAAUGGGGGGGUGGGCUUCAUGCACCCCUACAACCACAUGGACAAUCAUCUUAGACUGAACCCUAAGAAGAGAAACCUGGAGAGACAACCUAAUGAAAAUGGGGGAGAGAGGGAUGAAGCCGAAAGAGAAAAUGAAAAAGAACCAGACAGAGAAAGAGAACAGCAAGUGGGGACAAGGCAUCUGACGAAUGGCAGGAUUACUUUAAACGAAGCAGAGGCAUUUCCUGGCCUAUUCCAGCGUCGACCUACUCCUAUCACCAGCCCAAGCCCUUCCAACAACAAGAGGAUCAAGAUAGAGAAAGAACCGCUAGAACUUCCUCCAACCAUACCCAUCAUCUCUCCAGAAAAUGUUUACUCUCAGCUCCUGGCUGGCUAUGCUGCUUCACGCCACUUCAUCAGAGAACCUUUUUUGGGAUUCACUGAUUCCCGUCAGUCACCGUUCGGCACCUCAUCUGAGCACUCCUCCUCAGAAACAGGAAGCCUCCGCUUCUCUACCCCACCAGGGGAGUUGAUGGAAGGUGGCAGCAUCUCAGGCCACAGUGGAAGCAGCACGCCUCAUCUCCUGCGUGGACCUGGACCUGGUAGACCUCCCAGUUCAAAAGAUAAGCGGAACGACACCUGUGAGUACUGCGGCAAGGUGUUCAAGAACUGCAGCAACCUGACGGUCCACCGGCGCAGCCACACGGGGGAGCGGCCAUACAAGUGUGACCUGUGCAGCUACGCUUGUGCCCAGAGCUCUAAGCUGACGCGCCACAUGAAGACGCAUGGCCAGUUUGGGAAGGAGGUGUAUCGCUGCGACAUUUGCCACAUGCCGUUCAGUGUCUACAGCACACUGGAGAAACACAUGAAGAAAUGGCAUGGUGAACAUUUGAUGGCCAGUGAGGUCAAACUGGAGCAAGCGGACAGAGGUUAAGCCAGCAACCAUAUAUUAUAAAGAACACAGUGCACACAAACAUUCUUCCACACACAUACAAACAUUUGAAAACACUUACAUUCACAUUCAAAAUUCCUACAACCACUUCUUUAACAAUGGGGCUCGG